CUAUCAUUUAUAAAAACUAUCCUUAUUUUGAUAAAAGAAUAUACGAUUCAUGAAUUAAAGGAAAAACAUAAACUAUUCGCAAAAAUAUAAAACUAAAAACUAAAGGAAAAACAUAAACUGCAAGAACGGGUUAAUUGCUUUCCCAAUUCUGGCGUGUAGAUCGGGGGUAUAUUUGAUAAUUUGAUCAUUAGAAAAAAAAAAUGGUGAGAGGUUUGUUGAACAAGCUCGCAACUAAAUCGAUCAAUGUUGCCGGAAAAUGGCAACAACAGCAGCUCCGUCGCCUCAACAUCCACGAGUAUCAGGGAGCUGAACUGAUGGGCAAAUAUGGUAUUAAUGUUCCAAAAGGUGUUGCUGUUUCUUCUGUUGAGGAAGUUCGAAAGGCCAUACAAACAACAUUUCCCAAUGAAAAGGAGUUGGUGGUUAAGAGCCAAAUUCUUGCUGGUGGACGAGGUCUAGGAAAGUUCACAAAUGGUCUUCAGGGUGGAGUUCACAUUGUCAAAAUUGACCAGGCUGAAGAGAUAGCUGGAAAGAUGCUUGGGCAGACUCUUGUCACUAAACAAACUGGCCCCCAAGGCAAAGUUGUCAGCAAGGUUUAUUUAUGUGAAAAAGUGUCACUUGUGAACGAAAUGUACUUUGCAAUCACUCUUGAUCGUACAACUGCUGGUCCUCUUAUCAUUGCAUGCCGAGAGGGAGGAACCAGCAUUGAAGACCUUGCAGAGAAAUUCCCCGACAUGAUCAUAAAAGUACCUAUUGAUGUUUUCAAAGGAAUUACAGAUGAAGAUGCUGCCAAGGUUGUAGAUGGUCUUGCUCCUAAGGUGGCUGACAGAGAUGCUUCAAUAGAACAAGUGAAGAAGCUGUACAACCUUUUCCGUGAAUCCGAUUGCACACAGUUGGAGAUCAAUCCGAUUGCAGAGACUUCUGAUAACAAGCUGGAGGAUCCUCGUGAGGUUGCAGCUGCAAAAGCGGAUUUGAAUUAUAUUGGUUUGGAUGGAGAAAUCGGAUGCAUGGUGAAUGGUGCUGGAUUGGCAAUGGCAACCAUGGAUAUCAUAAAGUUACAUGGAGGCACACCUGCCAAUUUUCUUGAUGUAGGUGGGAAUGCUUCCGAAGGACAGGUGGUUGAAGCAUUCAAGAUCUUGACAUCAGAUGAGAAAGUCAAAGCAAUAUUGGUCAACAUUUUUGGAGGAAUAAUGAAAUGCGAUGUCAUAGCCAGUGGAAUCGUUAAUGCUGCUAAACAUGUUUCAUUGAAGGUGCCGGUUGUAGUUCGUCUUGAAGGCACAAAUGUUGAUCAAGGGAAGAGAAUUCUCAAGGAAAGCGGGAUGGCAUUGAUUACAGCAGAGGAUCUUGAUGAUGCUGCUGAAAAGGCGGUUAAAGCACUCGGAUCAUCAUAAAAUAUAUAAUAUACAACCCAAGCCCAAACCCAAUUUGAAUUUGAAUUUAUGUGGAGGUUGGUUUCUAAUUUCCAAAAUAAAUACAGCAGGCAUAUUGGUUGGAGAUGUAAUCAAAAUUUUCAUUUGUUAGAAUCACUUUUUUGUUUCACAACAUGGUAACAAAUGUUUCAACCAUUGGUUAAUUGAAAAGCUAAACCAUUCUGUUUC